AUGUUGACGAAUAAAAGUCGGGCAAAAUGUCGUCCCAUUUAGUUUGGAGUAUUAUCAGGAAUAAUAAUGCCUUUUCAUUGAAGAAGAGGAAUAUCAGCAAACCCUUCAGUAAAGAACCUAGCAACCUCACCAACUUGAACUCCUACAGGUAUAAUGGAAUUGUCCACAAAGAGACAGUUGAUAUUGUUGAUGGACCUGACAAGAAAGGAUUCACCGUAGUCUGUCAGAGACCUAAGAAACAAAAUAAGCCUAAAGAGAGGACAAUCAAAACAACCUUCAAAUCUGGACCAAGAAGGUCUCUCUACAAACUCAAGAAGCUCUUGAAGAGUGAUCGUUACCGUACUGAUCUGACUAAGGUAGCAUUGCGUAGGGCUAGUGCUGUCUUGAGGUCACAAAAACCCAGGAGAGGAAAGCAACCUCAAAAAGUUGUUGAGGAAUACAAGUGA